UGCCACAUUUUUAAUGGACGUAUCCAUAGUCGCCUCUAUUAUUGCCUGAUGGUCCUGCGAAUGAAAACAAACAGACGCUGCUCUCCAUUCCACUGUCUUCAUGACUUAACGUUGUUUGUCUAUUUUCCCGACAUUUUAGACAAAAGCUAGAUGUAAUUUUAAAUCUAUUAUACGAUUAGUUUGGUAAAUUCAUGUGGAUAUUUUAAUACUCAAAAUCAAACAGUUGAUGAUCAAGCGCUAGGUCGAGUCGUGAGCACUAAGUGGUCGCGAGGUAUCUUCCCUACACCUUUGUAUCGUUUUAACAUUUCGAGAUUUUGUUUUGGAGUUCGCUAAAACCAUUGACUAAAACCGUUUGGUAUUGGCUGGAAAGGUAUUUUAAAACAUUUGUUUAAGGGUGGCGCUGUUGAGUCAUGUCUGGAAUUGCUUUGAGUAGACUGUCACAGGAGCGCAAAGCCUGGAGGAAAGAUCAUCCUUUUGGUUUUGUGGCUGUACCAACCAAGAACCCAGAUGGCACCAUGAAUCUCAUGAAUUGGGAGUGUGCGAUACCAGGAAAAAAGGGGACUCUUUGGGAGGGAGGUUUGUACAAACUGAGAAUGUUGUUUAAGGAUGACUAUCCAUCUUCACCACCCAAAUGCAAGUUUGAACCUCCGAUCUUCCACCCAAACGUCUAUCCUUCAGGUACAGUGUGUCUGUCCAUACUGGAGGAAGAGAAGGAUUGGAGACCAGCCAUCACCAUCAAACAAAUUUUGUUGGGCAUCCAGGAACUUCUUAAUGAGCCCAACAUUCAGGACCCAGCACAGGCAGAGGCAUAUACGACAUACUGUCAAAACAGGAUGGACUACGAAAAGCGCGUGAGGGCACAAGCUAAGAGAUUCGCUCCCACAUAGAGCAACAAGUGCACAAUCUGAAAGCCUGUGCCGAACAGAUCCAGUUCCCACAUAGCUGCCAUUCUGAUGCUCCAGAAUCCUUCACCACUCAAUGGAAAUCCCAAAACUGCAGUUGAAAGUUGAAAUAGAGAUUUGUUCAAGUUGGCUUCAGAACCGAAUGAGGAUGGGUGUAAAACAACUCUUUAAGAUGAAAGCAACCAAGAGAGAAGUUAAAGUUGGCUGCUGAUCUGUGACCAGU